AUGAAUCUUUUUCUGAGUCUGUGGGCUGUGGGUCUUACGCUGUGCUUGCGAUGCCAGGUGACAGAAGCCGAUUUGAGCCAGAGUUUUAUUGAAAAGUGUGUGAACGACGCUAAAGCAAACGUAGAUGCAAUCUACACCUACUCCAGACAAGAGAGCAUUGAACGGGUGAAGAGAGACACAGCAUCACCUGCAGACAUCCUGAGGCUCCUGAAGCAGCCCAGAGGAGUGUCCCGUAUGGCUGUGCGAGCAGCUGACUACAUGGACAACACACUUCAUCUGAUCAGGAGGUCUGUGGCAACACGGCACAGACGCUCCGUUAACGACACAGAUCUGAUCUCUGAUUCGGAUCUGGAAGUGAUCUCCAGACUGACAGGCUGUGCUGCACAAGUCAGACAAGUAGCUUGCGACAGUAUCACCGAUGUAAACCUGUAUCGGACUGCAAGUGGCAUCUGCAACAACCUGAGGAACACUCGUUGGGGAGCCUCUAACACCCCAUUUUCCCGUUGGCUGCCUGCUGAGUAUGAAGACGGAAUCUCUCUUCCUAAAGGCUGGACAGAUGGGAAGACAAUUAAUGGUCAUCUUCUUCCUCUGGUAAGAGAAGUGUCCAACCGUAUCCUGGCAACAGCUAACACUGAUGUGCAGAGCGACUCUGAAUACACUUUCCUGGUGACCAUCUUCGCCCAGUUUACAGACCACGACCUGACUUUAACCCCUCAGUCUCCUUCCAUCAAAUCGUUUAAUAAUGGUGUUCACUGUGCAAACACCUGUGCCAACACAGAGCCAUGUUAUCCUAUCAAGUUCCCCAGUAAUGACCCCCGCCCUGACCGUAACGCCCUAUUGGAUAAGUGCAUGCCCUUCUUCCGCUCUUCUCCAGCUUGUGGUUCUGGAAACACAGGCUACCUUUUUGGUGCCAGCACCACCCGCCAACAGAUUAACGUUCUCACAGCCUACCUUGAUGUGGGUGAGGUCUAUGGUUCUGACGACAUCAAAGCGAAACUACUCCGAAACCUCACUUCUGAUGAGGGUUUAUUGAAGGUCAACACAGAGUAUGAUGAUAACGGCCGUGAGCAUCUGCCCUUCACCACCAUGCAGGCCAACAUGUGUGCCACCCGACGCAAAAUAACUAAUGAUCCAAAUGCUAAGGAGGUGCCAUGCUUUUUAGCUGGUGAUGAUCGUGUGGACGAGAACACUGGACUGACUUCUUUACACACACUGAUGAUGCGAGAACACAAUCGUUUGGCCAGAGCACUGGCUAAGCUCAACCCACAUUGGAACGGAGAGAAACUGUACCAGGAAGCACGCAAAAUCAUGGGAGGAUACUUUCAGGUCAUCACUUUCAGAGACUGGCUACGCCACAUUGUUGGCCCACAAGCCAUUGCAGAAAAACUGUCAACCUACCCAGGUUAUGAUGCAAAUGUGGACCCUACCAUUUCCAGCAUUUUUUCCACAGCUGCCUUCCGAUUUGCUCAUGUGAUGGUUCAACCCUUCAUAUUUCGUCUUGAUGAGAAUUAUCAGAAUCAUUCUAGUUACCCUACGGAAGUGAUCCAUAGAACCAUGUUUGCACCAUGGAGGGUCAUCUUUGAGGGGGGAAUUGAUCCACUUUUGAGAGGCUUAGUGGGUAGCAAGGCUAAACUGAACAACCAGGAUCGUAUUUUGUCUGAUGAGCUGAGGGACAGGCUGUUUAAGUUCACACAGAGGUUGGCACUGGAUCUGGGAUCAUUGAACAUGCAGAGAGGCAGAGACCAUGCACUUCCUGGCUACAACAAAUGGCGUGGGUUCUGUGGACUGUCUCAGCCAAAGAAUGAGAACGAGUUGGCUAAAGUGCUGAACAACACCAGUUUGGCCAAGAAAUUGCUGGCUCUAUAUGGCACACCUGAAAACAUUGAUCCAUGGCUGGGAGGAGUAGCUGAGCCAUUUGUCCCUGGAGGAAGAGUGGGGCCCUUGUUUGCUUGCCUUAUUGCCACCCAGUUCCAAAAGAUCCGCAAAGCAGACCGCUUCUGGUGGGAGAAAGAUGGAGUCUUCACUGAUGCUCAGAAGGAGUCACUGAGGAAAACAUCAUUGGCUCGCAUCAUCUGUGACAACACUGGCAUCACUGAGGUUCCUGAGAAACCCUUCCUCUACCGACCUCGUGGUUCUGGUUACACCCAGUGUAAAGAUAUCCCUGCAUUUGACCUCAGUCCAUGGCAGGAGAAUGGAAAUUGUAAAGAAGGGCCCCCAGGACCACAAGGUCCCCCAGGACCACAAGGACCACAAGGAAAACAAGGCCCCCCAGGCCCUCCAGGCCCCCCUGGUGUGGCAGAGAAAGUAGCCUUCUCUGUACAUCUGGGCAAUGACUACCCCAAGGUUGGUGGUCCCAUCAUUUUCCAUGAUGUCAUCUACAAUGGACAGAACAGCUACAACACCAACACCGGCUACUUCACCUGCGAGCACCCAGGGGUGUAUGAGUUUGAGUUCCACUGCACAAUUUACAAGUACUCAGCCAGCAUCGAUCUGAUGCGUAACAAGGAUUUGAUUCUGCACUCAUACACCACCCGCCAGAGUGGAUACAUCACAGCCAGCGGCAGCACCUACAUCAAACUUGAGAAGGGAGACAAGGUCUGGCUGGUGGCUAACAAAGAUGGAAACGGACUGACCAAGGACAGCUACUUCUCUGGUCAUCUGCUGUUCACUGAGUAGGAGGGCUGUAAGUGCCACUAGGAAUUUUUUAACCACAUUUUGAACUAAAGUAGAAGUAAAACAUUAAACUACAGUCAUUAAAUGCACUUUAUGAAUUGUAUCAUUGUGAAAAUUGCUAACAAAACUGUUUUUGGUUGGCUGUUAUUAAUUGUUUUUAUUGAAGGAAUUUACA